CGGUCACACUGUUCAUAAAAUAAUAUUUGCAAAGAAAGUUUACUAUGGUCGGAUCAAAUUUUGGCAUUAUCUACCAUCCGAGUGCUGGCGGCGGCUCAUCUGGUCAAGCCAACACAAGCAGCGGCACAGCUUCUGGAGCCAGCGGUGGCAAUAGCUUCAAUUCGAUUUCGGGCGGCGAUCGUUCUGCACCAGCAUCGCAUCUCAGCGAUUUUAUGUUGCAACUAGAGGACUACACACCGCUGCUGCCUGAUGCUGUCACUUCGCAUUAUUUGAAUAUGGGCGGCUUUCAUGCGGAUGACAAGCGCAUUGUUCGACUAAUUUCCAUAGCAACUCAGAAAUACAUGUCGGACAUCAUUGACGAUGCACUGCAGCAUUCGAAGGCGCGCACACACAUGCAAAACUCAAAUACACCCGGUGGCUCAAAGGCUAAGGAUCGCAAAUUUACCUUAACCAUGGAAGAUUUGCAGCCAGCACUAGCUGACUACGGCAUUAAUGUGCGAAAAAUGGACUAUAGCCAGUAGGCAAUUCGGCAAUUUAAUAUUAAGUUAUUUUAUUUAAGUUACAUUCAUA